CUUUUUAUGACGUGUUAUUUCUUUUCAGAAAGCACCAAUAAUGGAGAAACAAGAGAUUGAUUCCUUUCUCCGGAAAAUAUCUUCCACUGAACUCCCACAACAGUUGGAAGGUAUUGAACAGCCGACAAAGAUUGUCGCUGUCAUGGCUGGAUACGGAUCGGAUAUGAAAGUUAUCGGUCCUCAACAAGACAUCCUAGAAUUUAUUGAGAAGAUUAUCGUAGAAUGUGAUAUUCUCCGGCGUAUGGUUGACUUCGUUAUAGACAGCGAUAGUGUUGAGCUUACGAGCAUGUGUUUGGUCAAUCUGAACACUAUUAUAUGGGCAAAUCAUCAACAUUCACAAAUUUUGAUUGACUUACAUCUCAUUGAUGUAUCUACUUCGUUUGUGAAAACAAGGAUUGACGCUUUUGUGGAAAUGGUAAGUACUGGUAUCAGAGCUGAGUUUUUGUCAAGAUCCAAUGGCAAAUUUGGUAUUGAUUUCUAUUUAUUUUAAAUCUCAAAUAAAGUGAAUGCCUAUGUAUUGUCAGGGAUUACUUAUGCUGGGAAAUCUUGCACGUCAUA